GCGACUGACUCGUUCGACAAACGGAUCUCGCAAUUGUUCAGAGAGAGAGAAUCAGACAGCAAUGAGUCCAGUUUUCUUCACAGUCGGAAUAAAUCCCAGGCUAAAAUAUGGACUUCUACGUUGAUUCUCCCGCGGUUCUUUCCGGAGGCUGUGAAAAAUAGGAUAUUAUCUGUCUCUCUGCUCUCAGUCCGAGUCAACUUUGGCGUCAAAAUGGAUGCGCUGAGUUUGACGGUGAAGCUUUUCUGGUUGGUGCUCAUCGGAGGAGACAGGAGGAGCAGGGCCAUGCUGAGUGAUAUCGGGGAUUAUGUCGGCACAGAUAUUGAAAUAUCCUGGCUGCCAAAUCUGGAUGACCUCAUGAAAGGUUACGCUCGAAACUUUCGUCCAGGGAUCGGAGGACCGCCUGUGAACGUCGCCAUGGCCAUUGAAGUGGCCAGUAUUGACCACAUCUCAGAAGCCAACAUGGAAUACACCAUGACAGUGUUUCUGCGUCAGAGCUGGAGAGACGACCGUCUGUCCUACAACCACACGAACAAAACUCUGGGUCUGGACAGCCGCUUCGUGGACAAACUCUGGCUUCCGGACACCUUCAUCGUCAACGCCAAGUCCGCCUGGUUUCAUGACGUGACGGUGGAGAAUAAACUCAUACGCCUGCAGCCUGACGGAGUCAUUCUCUACAGCAGUCGAAUCACAUCUACAGUCGCGUGUGAUAUGGAUCUCACCAAAUACCCCAUGGAUGAGCAGGAAUGCAUGCUAGACCUUGAAAGCUAUGGCUACUCUUCAGAAGACAUUGUGUAUCACUGGUCAGAAAGUCAGAAGCUCAUCCAUGGCCUGGACAAACUGGAGCUUUCCCAGUUCACCAUCACCGACUAUCGCUUUGUGACAGAGAUGAUGAACUUUAAAUCUGCGGGCAGAUUUCCACGUCUUAGCCUGCGUUUCCAGCUGAGGAGGAACCGAGGAGUUUACAUCAUCCAGUCCUACAUGCCGUCCAUCCUGCUGGUGGCCAUGUCCUGGGUUUCAUUCUGGAUCAGCCAGUCCGCCGUGCCAGCGAGAGUGUCUUUAGGAAUCACGACGGUUCUGACCAUGACGACGCUGAUGGUCAGUGCUCGCUCUUCACUGCCUCGCGCUUCUGCCAUUAAAGCUCUGGACGUGUAUUUCUGGAUCUGCUACGUCUUUGUGUUCGCUGCUUUGAUCGAAUACGCCUUUGCUCACUAUAAUGCAGACUACAGCAAGAAGGAGAAAGCCAAAGUCAAGACCAAUAAGAAUGCAGAGUCGAUGGUGAAGAAUGGAAAGCAGGCCAUGGUUCUGUUUUCUCUGUCGGUGGCGGGCAUGAACCAGGGUCUCCUGAUCUCCAACAGGCAGAGCAGAUCACACAGAGCCUCCGACGCCGCCGCCGCCGCUGCAGAUCCGCAUGAAGAGACUGAGACUCGCAGCGCUACGAGCCGAAGAGCGCAGAAAGAAAGCAGCGAGGAGAAGAAAUGCUGCAAGUGUAAACCCAUAGACGCCGACACCAUCGACAUCUACGCUCGUGCCGUCUUCCCGUUCACCUUCGCCGUGGUCAACGUCAUCUACUGGGUGGCGUACACCAUGUAGAUCAAUCAUAACACAUCCCCCUCCGCAUGGCCAUACAGCUGAAGUCAGAAUUAUUCAUCCUCCUGUGAAUAUUUUUAAAUAUUUCGCAAAUGAUGUUGAACAGAUUC